AUGGACGAGACGGCUGAGAUGGUGAACGACCUGGACGUGACGGUCAGGGUCGCGCCCAAGAUCGUCGCUGCGGAGGUGGAGCCGCUGAGCGAGGGGGCAUCGUCGUGUGCUACAACGUUGCAAGUAACGGGCGGUUCACUGCGGGUCGCUGAGCUCGCGUUGUCCGCGGGGUCGGUCAGCAGCGCGACGGAUCACGAGCUGAGCCCGGUCGGGGGCGCGACGGGCGCGCCGCGCCGCAGACCGCUGCGCGAGCGCACCAACAGUGUGGAGGCAACUGAAAAGGCAACAGGCGGAAUCCACGUGCGCGAGUUGAGCUCCCAGUCCGCAUCGCGCGAAGGCGGCACACUUGGGCCACCGCCUGGACCCUUCGUGGCCACGGUCGAGGAUCUGCAGAUGCAGCUGGACGAUCCCGAAAUACAGGUCGUCGACCUGAGGGGGGGAGAGGUGCGAGGGAGGAACGCGACGGUGGAAAUCACGAGGUCGGGCGUGACGCUCAGGGGCGGCGUGCUGCGGGGAGUGAAGCUCGUGGUGCACAACAGCGCCGAGUCCUUCCGCCUGGACGGCGUCAAGAUGAAGGGAACCGAGUCAGCGUUCCGCUGGCCGCCGCGGGAGCCUCUCGGGCCCCUGAAUGGCGCGCUGGAGGUCUGCGGAGCGCGAGGCGUGGUCGUGCGGCGCUGUGCGUUCACGAGGACGGGCUUCGACAGCGGCAUCCUGGCAAAGGCCGGCGCACAGGUCUUCGUCAAGGACACUGCGUGCGACCUGAACUUCGUCGGCAUCGCGGCGCUGGGCGGCGAGACGAAGGUCACGAUGAGCGGCGCGACCUGCAGCAACAACGGCGCGCACGGCGUUCAUGCCCACAGCGGCGCGCAGGUGACGAUGGAGGGCGGUGAGUGCAGUGCCAACUGCGCGUGCGGCUUGUUGGCCAUGGGAGCUGGCACGACGGUCGUGAUGAGAUACGCUGCGUGCUGCCGGAACAAGGGGUCGGGCAUCAACGCGCAGUGCAACGCACGGGUUGUUGGACGUGGCGUGUUCCUGCGUCGCAACAGGUUCGGAAACGUCAAGGACGGGCUAGGGGCCGUGGUGGACCUGCAGUGA